GCCAUAUUCGCCAUAGAAGCCGAUUCUUCCGGAAGCUCUCUUUCGGACGAUAUACUGUCACGGACCGGAAAACCCAACGGAACUACUCUUGAUGCAAGUAAAAUCUUGCAUGAGGUUUUCAUCUUUCCAGUGUGAUGAUGGCGAGUCCAGAUGAUCUGAAGUUCCAAGAGUUUGAGGAGGCCACAGACCUGCUUUCUGCUGACCCGGGUGCCUCGACCCUCAGUAUGUCGGGGACCAGCAGUACUGCCCCAGCCAGCGCUACAGGGGACAUCAAACUGGACAUGUCUGACAAUGAGGAGGGACAAGAGGAGAGUUCAGAGCUUCUAGGAGGGGAGAAACGAACCAGCGCAUUUUGGACCUUUGAGUAUUACCAGUCGUUCUUCAAUGUGGAUACAAUGCAGGUGCUGGACAGGGUGAAGGGGUCAGUGAUGCCUUUACCAGGGCGGAACUUCAUCAGACAUACCCUUCGAUCAAGUCCGGAUUUGUAUGGUCCCUUUUGGAUCUGUGUGACGCUAGUUUUCUCUGUGGCCAUCAGUGGGAACCUGUCCACAUUCCUCAGAUCCAUGGGUGACAGUCAGUAUCACUACAGACCCCAGUUCCACAGAGUGAUGAUAGCUGCAGUAGUGAUCUUCAUGUAUGCCUGGCUGGUACCCCUGGGUGUUUGGGGUUUCCUGACCUGGCGGCAGAGGGAGGAGAGGCAGCAGAGUGGUUACUCUUUCCUGGAGACGGUGUGUGUCUAUGGCUACUCCCUCUUCAUCUACAUCCCCACCUCGGUGUUGUGGAUUCUACCAUUUGAGUGGCUCCAGUGGCUGCUCAUUGUGGUUGCCAUGGUGAUAUCUGGAUCUGUCCUGGUGCUCACCUUCUGGCCUGUCGUCCGGGAUGACACCAAGGUGACAGCUUUUGGCACCGUGGCAACGAUCCUUGUUCUACAUGCGCUGCUAGCCAUCGGCUGUAAGAUGUACUUCUUCCAGACAGCGACUCACACAAUAACACCAGAACCUGUUCCUACACGCUCCCUCAACCACACAACAGUGAUUCUGACCACCAAGAGCCACUGACCAAGAGGAAUCCGGGGGUGGUGAUUUAUUGUCCGCUCAAAGGACCUGUUCCAUAAUCAUGUUUUGUGACCUCUGGUGCAUCUGGAAGGAUUGGAUUAAAGGUAUAGGUUAGGUCGAUUGCCACCAUGUUUCAUUUCUUAAUCACUCUUUACUUAAUAUAAAGUCAACUCAUUGAGUUCCUAACUCUAACCGAUCCAGUUCUUUCAGAUGGUUGGGUCUAAAUAAGGGCAAUGGAAUGAAAUGGGACCUGCAUACUUAAAUGCAUUAACCAAUAUGAUACGGUCCAUGAUGGACUGAGUCAUGAAGUUGUGUGGGAGCUGCUGUAUGGGCAAGCUUGACCUUAGUGCAUUACGGACUUAACGUGCCCAUCACCCAAUUGAAAUUGAUGUGCAUUAAAUUUCAGACUAUGGGGUGAGGAAAGAGGCCGGUAGGAGCCAUCUAGAAAUGGUGGGUUGAAUUAUUGCUUUGGGGGAAAGGACAUAUUCUUGCUUAAUUUAUGCUAUUGUUCUGCUGUAGACUCAGCAAUUGUAAAUUGCAAUAAAUCAAGAUUUAUAUCAUGGAGACACUGGCUGCACCGUGACUUCAUCUCCAUCUGCACUGAAAAGCUGGAGGUAAUAGUGUAAGCAUGAGAAUUCUUCUCCAACCGAUUCAGAUGUCAUGCAAGUGCAGAUUAAGGAAAGGACUGGCAGUUAUUUUAGACUUGUUGGCUGCAGUCUGAUAGCUGCACCCACAUGGAAGGGAAAUCCUGGUUGAAUGUUAACUAAUGGGGUACUUACCUUGUGACACUUUGAACCAACAAGUAUGUUGCUACUUGGUUGGAACCAAGGUCUUCUACAUCCACGCUACGCGGGCAAGAUUGUCCACCCCAAAACUAAUAUCCGACUCAAAUUAGUUGUUCCUAAAAUGUAAACCAUAUGACCUGAAAGGUGUAGUUCGCUGAUCUCCACGAUAACGUAAUGACAUUUUUCUUAUUGUAGAUAGACUUGUAAAAUGUUGUCCAUAUAUUUAUUACUUUAUAUUUUGCCUUUCUCCUCUUAUGUUGACUUUUUGUAUUUGUGAAUAAAUUAAUUUCUGUCCAGUC